AUUAAUUAAUAAUUAAUAAUUUCUUCAAGCGCCAGGCCAGGGCCAGAGAAAUGAAUUCUUGUCUCCUUGUUCCAGUUGUUGUUCUCUUGUUCUUUAGUGCAGUCAAUGGGCAAGGAAAUGGAGCUGUCCGUCUCAAUGUGAAUGGAGGCUCACUCCCCACGUACACUCAAGGAGUAGUUGAAGUGUAUUAUAAUAGUGAAUGGGGCCCUAUCUGUGAUAGAUAUGCUUAUGGAUCCUUUGGCAAUAUACCUAGUGUGGUCUGUCAUCAGUUAGGAUAUACUGGGGGCUACUCUGGGAGCACUUCAAGCUACCUAAGCACCUCUCCAGUUAUAUAUGAUGUCUCAUGUUCAAGCAACAGCCUGGUCAUACUACAAUGUACACAUUUCUCUAGUCCUCCUUCAACCUGUUACUCAUCUGAUAAUGUGGAAGUGACCUGCUAUUCAACCAGGAUAUGGGACAGUCCCUACACUGGAAUGGUAAGACUGCAAAAUGGAUACUACAGUGGACAAGGAAUGGUACAAGUGUAUUGUAACGGCCAGUGGGGUGUGGUCUGCAACAGUGCAUCAUUUGAUAGCUAUGCAGCUACUACCGUGUGUACACAACUUGGUUAUAAUGAUCAAAGUGAUUACAGCUCUACUUCAUUUACUGGUACAGCCUGGUUGGAUAAUGUUGAUUGUUAUUAUGAAAGUUGUCUGUCUCAGUGUUCUGGAGGUAGCUGUCCUUCAUCAUCAGUUUAUUGCAGUAGUGCUGCUAAUGUCACAUGCUCAUACAAUACAGGCUCCUCUAGAUAUGGCAGUACCAGAUACACUUGCGGAGGUGGUCUAACUGCUGGAGCCAUUGUUGGUAUUGUCAUUGGUGCACUUGUUGCAUUCUUCAUUUGUGUUGUUCUGAUAAUAACAAUACCGAUAUGUGUCUGCUGCUGUCUCGGGAUUGGAAUAGGAGCAGCUGCUGGUGGCACUAGACGUACCACUGUCGCUUACUCCAACAUGGCAUAAUGAGGACUGAUCCACAGCAGCUGGCAUGAGUGUGUGUUUAUCUUCAUACUUAUAAACAUUAGCUGUUAUUGUUGUCCCUCCAUUUUAGUAUACAUGAUUAGUUUAGGCUACAUAAGUAUUGAUUGAUUGAUUUAUUGUUUAAACUAUACUGAUUUAUUAUUGCUGUUAAUAUUAGGAAUAGUUUCAUUGUCUUUAGCUUCAAAUAAAGUGUAUGAGAGUGU